GCGAGCCGGGUCCGCCGCUCUGCGGGCCCCGCCGCAGGUUCCUCCCCAGCUGUCUGGUCGCCGUCGCUCGCCGAGUCUCCGCAGCCUGGGCCGCCGCCGCCAUGGUGUUCCAUUGCCAGCGGGACAGCUGGGCCCGGCAGUUCGCCACCAGGGUACUGUCGUGCCGGGAGGCCGAGCUGCGGCCCGAGGGCGGCGGGGAACCGACGCGCGGCUUCGAGGUGGUGCUGGAGGACACGAUCCUCUUCCCCGAGGGCGGCGGGCAGCCCGAUGAUCGCGGCCUCAUCGGCGCCGUCCCGGUGCUGCGCGUCACCCGGCGCGGCGCCCAGGCCGUGCACUUCGUGGAGACGGCGCUGGAGCCGGGCAGCGCCGUGCUGCUGUCGUUGGACUGGGAGCGCCGCUUCGAUCACAUGCAGCAGCACUCGGGACAGCACCUCAUCACUGCCAUGGCAGAGCGGAUGUUUGGAUUCAAAACAACUUCAUGGGAGCUGGGCCGGCAGCAGAGUGUCAUUGAGCUGGACACCCCCUCCAUGACCACAGAGCAAAUGGAGGCGCUGGAGCAGAGCGUGAAUGAGAAGAUCCGGGAGAGGAUACCUGUGACAGUGCGGGAGCUGGCUGCAGAUGACUCUGAGGUUGAAACAGUGAGAAGCCGUGGCUUACCAGGUGACCACACAGGGCCAGUUCGAGUUGUAGACAUUGAAGGCAUAGACUCCAACAUGUGCUGUGGGACUCAUGUCUCCAACCUGAGUGACUUGCAGGUUAUUAAACUUCUUUGCACAGAGAAAGGGAAAAAGAACAAAACCAACUUGGUUUUCCUGGCAGGAAAUAGAGUGUUGAAGUCAGUUCAACAAAGUCACCGUACUGAGAAGACCCUGACCUCACUGCUGAAAAAUGGACCAGGUGAGCAUGUAGAGGCCGUGAAGAGAUUGCAGAGUUCUGUGAAACUGCUUCAGAAGAAUAAUUUGAACCUGCUAAGAGACAUUGCUGUUUUGAUAGCCCGGGAUUUCAAAAGCAAACCUGUUCAAAGUCCGCUGUUUGUCUUACACAGGAAAGAGGGUGACUCUGAGUUUAUGAACAUCAUCGCUAAUGAGAUUGGGAAAGAGGAUAUCCUGCUGUUCCUGACUGUGGGAGAUGAAAAAGAAGCAGGUCUCUUUCUUCUAGCUGGAUCUGUUGAAGCAGUUGAGAAUUUAGGUCCCAGGGUGGCAGAGCUGCUGGAAGGCAAAGGAGCUGGGAAGCGAGGCCGCUACCAGGGCAAGGCAACCAAGAUGAGUCGUCGGGGAGAAGUGCAAGCUCUGCUCCAGGAAUUCAUCAGUCAACAAAGAGAUGAAGCAUAAAGAAAGAAUUUUAAAAGUAGGGCUGUCGUCCUUGCUUUGUAUGAUCUCCACUAAGUUCUCUCCCAGAAAAUAAAGACAAAAAAAGUCCCAUUUAAAAUCCCAUGGAGUUAGGCAGGACUACUACUCCAUGUCUCUCCAGCUUGCCAUUUCUGCCAGCAGUUCCCAAAGCUGCUACAACUUCAGCUGCAGAAACAAAGGGGGCACUGGAGAGCCAUGGUCAAAAAGCACCCGAUAUGGUCUAGGUAUUGUUUUUUUCCCUCCUAGAACCAGCAUGGCAGGUUUAGUCAAGAUGUUCGUAAUAAACAGAAAAAUAAAGACAGACAAA